AUGCCCCCUCUCCCCCCACCCGACCGUCCCAUGUCGCACCAACUGCAAGGACUAGUCGACACAUGUCUCGAAGAAGGUCACUAUCAAGCAGCUCUAUCAACGCUAGACCAUAUCCGAGGACGAUAUAUCCCAACCUCCGCCCACCUCCAGCAACUCCUCUACCUCGCUCUCUAUCCCCCUCCUCCCCCGCCGCACAUUGUCAAAUGCAAACCCCACCCUUCGCCCUCCAAGCACCGGCCUCCUGUCCCCCUUCCCUCUCCUACUGACUCCGCAGCCGCUCUUACCCUACUGCACUCUUUCAGGCUCACGAACCCCCUCUCGAUCGGGCACGCAUUUCCUAGCAUUGUUCAUGCUCGCACACGGGAACUUGAGGGGUGGGAAGAAGAUUCCCGGUUUGCGGAAGCCGCGUCCUGUGUGAGGAAAACGAGCAUUUGGGAACUCCUCAGACCAGGGGGGGUGAAGCCCCUUACCUUCGGCUCUCUCACUCCGGCCGAAGAACAAGUGGACCCAGAUACAGAUACAGAUAUAGAUACAGCCGUACCGGCAGUAGCGGACUGGGCAGUCCCGGGCUUGAGCUGGAUACUCGACGUGUUCGAAACCGACGCUCUCUCUCACCCUCAAGGCUACUCUCCCCUCCUCCUGGCUCAGCUCCCCGCGCCACCUAAAGGCCCCGUCAUCGCCCUCGAACAACCGCUUGCGCUCGUUCGGUACCUCCUGCGCCCUCGCUCUCUGCCCCGCACAAGGCAGCCUCCCUUAGCCUCUGCGUUAGGGGACGAACACCUCCGUCCCCGGCUAGCGAGCAGGCUUCUAUCCCUCCUAGUAGGGUGCACACUCCCCUUCCCACCCCGUGUAUCCCCUUCGGCCCUACUGCGGCAAACGGCCUACCUCCUCCCCCUGCUCCCUCCCCAGGGAGUCCAACACCUGCUCACCUCCAUCCGCCCGCCUUGCCCUUCCCUUCCCCCUUCCCGCUCUUCGGAUCCCGACCCUUCCCCGGACCCCAGCCCGGGACUGGAAGAAGAAGCCUACCCCAGGCUCACACUAGCCCUAAGCGCAUUGUUCCUCAUGCAGACCUCGCCCAAGUCCAGGCCUGUGGCUUCGGGCGAGUCGGGGUCGGGGCUGUUAGGCACGUCACCUGUCAAACCGGUUGGGAGGAGGAGAGCUAGAGCUUUGGGGAGGGAGAAGGAUGUGCAGAGUUUGGAGCAGCAGGGGCAGGGAGAGGGGACAGGGAAUGGGAGUGGGAGUGAGAAGGGGAAGGGGAAGGAGAGAGCUUACGCUCUCCCCCUUCCCGGAACAGUGCUCGCUCUCCUCACACAAGAGCCUCUUCCCCCGUCCAACUCCUACUCCUACUCCCACUUCUCCUCCUCUUCCGCCAGGGACACAGCAGCAGCAGCAGAAAGGCACAGACUGGCUAAACUUGCCAUACUCCGGUCUUUGCUGGCUGUUGACCUCCGGGAAUGGGGGGGGUGGCUUGCUGCGGUUAGAGAGGGUGAGGUUAGGGGGGCGGUGGAGAGGUGGAGACUUAGGGAGGAGGAGGAGCGGGCGGUGGCGGAGGAGGAGGAGGAGGAGGAGGAAGAAGAAGAGGAGGAGGAGGAGGAGGAUGGGGAGGAACAGGAAGAGGAGGAGGGGGGAGAGGGAAGGUGGGGGAGGUGGGAAAUCGUCGAUGAAUUGCUUGGGGUGUUGGGCGGCCGAUAG